UGCUGCUAUUGCGUUGCAAAAAAAAUCCUGACUAGGUUGCCCUGGGCCUUUUCUGUGCUAGAGGAUCUAAAGGAGAAAGAUAUCUGCAACCGAAGGGGCAAUCGGGUAGUACUCAAUUUGAGGUAUUAACGCCCACUCUUACAGGAGUGUGGCGAUAGGAGCGGGGACGAGCCUUAGCUUUGAGAGCCGAAGAGUGUAAAACCAUUAGUUUCGGGGCCAGGCGAUUUGAAAGGCGUCGCAGGACCUGCUUUCUGCGUACCUCUUCCGUUAUUAUUGACUGGUUCAAACACAACCCCUUGAACAAUUCUGAUAAACCUUUGAUGCCCGCAGCCCCUCCUUAACAGCGUGUAGGAGCCGCCAGCGUGCCCGGCAGCUGGUCCUCCCGUCUUACCUCUCGAAGAGCCUAGCGCGUGCACCAUCCCCACCCCCUGGCCUCCCUCCCCACCCACGGCUUUCACGCACUCGCAGUGAUUGUUUUGCCCGCUCCCGCCGCCGCCGCCGCCGCCGCCGCCGCCGCCGCCGCCGGAGGAGCAGCAGCGCUUGUGCAAACCGGGAAGAUGGCGGCCGGCGGCGGCGGAGGCAGCAGUAAGGCCUCCUCCUCGUCGGCCUCUUCGGCAGGGGCUCUGGAGUCCUCGUUGGAUCGAAAAUUCCAGUCGGUAACUAACACCAUGGAAUCUAUUCAAGGCCUGUCGUCUUGGUGUAUAGAGAACAAGAAACACCACACUACUAUCGUCUACCAUUGGAUGAAGUGGCUCCGGAGAUCUGCCUAUCCCCACCGUUUGAAUCUCUUUUACCUUGCUAAUGAUGUCAUCCAGAACUGCAAAAGGAAAAAUGCAAUCAUUUUCCGUGAGUCAUUUGCUGAUGUCCUUCCUGAAGCAGCUGCUCUAGUGAAGGAUCCAUCUGUCUCUAAGUCUAUAGAACGAAUCUUCAAAAUCUGGGAAGAUAGAAAUGUGUACCCAGAGGAAAUGAUAAUGGCACUGAGAGAAGCUUUGAGUACCACUUUCAAAACUCAGAAGCAGCUGAAAGAAAAUCUGAACAAACAACCGAAUAAGCAGUGGAAGAAAUCACAAACGUCCACGAAUCCAAAGGCUGCUCUCAAGUCUAAGAUAGUUGCAGAAUUUCGAUCCCAGGCCCUCAUUGAAGAGCUGUUGCUGUACAAGCGCUCAGAAGAUCAGAUUGAAUUGAAGGAAAAACAGCUGUCAACGAUGAGGGUGGACGUGUGCAGCACGGAAACUCUCAAAUGUUUAAAAGAUAAGACAGGUGGAAAGAAGUUCUCCAAAGAAUUUGAAGAGGCAAGUUCCAAGCUCGAGGAAUUUGUGAAUGGUUUAGAUAAGCAGGUGAAAAAUGGGCCCUCACUAACAGAAGCACUGGAAAAUGCUGGAAUUUUCUAUGAAGCACAAUACAAAGAAGUAAAAGUGGUGGCCAAUGCAUAUAAGACCUUCGCUAAUCGAGUGAACAAUUUAAAGAAAAAGCUGGAUCAAUUGAAGUCAACCCUUCCUGAUCCUGAAGAAUCACCAGUCCCUUCCCCAAGCAUGGAUGCUCCUUCUCCAACCGGUUCUGAGUCUCCUUUUCAGGGAAUGGGAGGUGAGGAAUCCCAGUCGCCAGCCGUGGAGAGUGAGAAGUCUGCCACACCUGAGCCUGUGACAGAUAAUCGUGAUGUGGAAGACAUGGAACUCUCAGAUGUGGAAGAUGAUGGGUCAAAAAUCAUUGUGGAGGACCGGAAGGAGAAACCUGUGGAGAAGUCAGCCACAUCCACUUCAGUACCUACAAAGCCUACAGAAAGUAUCUCAAAGGCCUCCUCGUGUACCCCAGUGCCUGUGACCGUGACCACAACGCCACCUCUUCCAAAGCCUGUGAAUACUUCUCUUCUGUCCCCUUCUCCAGCAUUGGCUUUGCCAAACCUGGCUAAUGUGGAUCUGGCAAAGAUCAGUUCCAUCCUUAGCAGCCUGACUUCGGUCAUGAAAAAUACUGGGGUCAGUCCUGCAUCAAGACCUUCUCCAGGAACUCCUACAAGUCCCAGCAACCUCAGCAGUGGCCUGAAAACACCUGCACCUGCCCCGACAGCAUCUCACAACCCUCUGGCAAAUAUCCUCUCAAAGGUGGAGAUCACCCCAGAGAGCAUUCUGUCUGCUCUUUCUAAAACCCAGACACAGUCAGCCCCUGCACUGCAAGGCCUGUCAUCUUUACUUCAGAGCGUUACUGGGAACCCAGUCCCAGCCAGUGAGGCUGCGUCCCAAAGCACGCCCACUUCCCCUGCUGCCACCACUGUCGCCAGCAUAAAAGGAAGAAGUCUUUCCUCCAGUACCCAAUCCUUUAUUCCUAAAAGCUUCAACUAUUCUCCUAAUUCAUCAGCUUCUGAAGUCUCUUCCACAUCAGCUAGCAAGGCCUCAAUUGGGCAAAGCCCAGGGCUCCCAAGCACUACUUUUAAGCUACCAUCCAGCUCUAUGGGGUUUACAGGAACCCAUAGUACAAGCCCUGCUGCCCCACCUACUGAAGUUGCCAUGUGCCAAUCUUCAGAGAUGUCCAAGCCAAAAUUGGAGUCCGAGUCCACCUCUCCAAGCCUGGAAAUGAAGAUCCAUAACUUCUUAAAAGGUAAUCCUGGUUUUAGUGGCUUAAACUUAAACAUCCCAAUCCUGAGCAGCUUGGGGUCCAGUGCCCCUGCAGAAAGCCACCCCUCAGACUUCCAGCGUGGCCCUACUAGCACAUCAAUUGACAACAUUGACGGAACCCCUGUGCGGGAUGAACGGAGUGGGACACCCACCCAGGAUGAGAUGAUGGACAAGCCCACGUCCAGCAGUGUAGACACCAUGUCCCUGCUUUCUAAGAUCAUUAGCCCUGGUUCCUCAACACCCAGCAGUACAAGAUCGCCACCCCCUGGGAGAGAGGAAAGCUACCCCAGGGAACUCUCCAAUUCUGUAUCUACGUAUCGACCUUUUGGCCUGGGCAAUGACUCACCCUAUAAGCAGCCUUCAGAUGGAAUGGAAAGACCAUCUUCCCUGAUGGACUCUUCACAAGAGAAGUUCUAUCCAGAUACUUCGUUCCAAGAAGAUGAGGAUUACCGAGAUUUUGAAUAUUCAGGGCCUCCACCGUCUGCCAUGAUGAACCUAGAGAAGAAACCAGCCAAGUCUAUCCUGAAGUCAAGCAAGCUCUCUGAUACCACCGAAUACCAGCCAAUCCUCUCCAGUUAUAGCCACAGGGCGCAAGAAUUCGGGGUAAAGUCUGCCUUCCCUCCAUCUGUAAGGGCCCUCCUGGACUCUAGUGAGAAUUGUGACCGCCUCUCCUCUUCCCCUGGGCUCUUUGGUGCCUUCAGCAUAAGAGGGAGUGAACCGGGGUCUGACCGGUCACCGUCACCGAGUAAGAAUGAUUCAUUUUUCACUCCUGACUCCAACCACAAUAGCUUGUCUCAGUCUACCACUGGGCACCUCGGUGUGCCACAGAAGCAGUACCCAGACCCUCCUCACCCAGUCCCACAUCGUUCCCUUUUCUCUCCGCAGAAUACCCUUGCCGCUCCCACGGGCCACCCACCCACACCAGGCGUGGAGAAAGUCCUGGCUCCCACCAUUUCCACCACGUCAACCAUUGAGUUUAAGAAUAUGCUUAAAAAUGCCUCACGAAAGCCCUCAGAUGAUAAGCAUUUUGGCCAGGCCCCCAGCAAGGGCGCUUCAAGUGAUGGUGUCAGUCUCCCAAACCUCGCCCAGCCCAGCCUCACAGCCGCCGAGCAGCAGCAGCAAGAAGAGCACUACCGCAUAGAAACCCGAGUGUCCUCCUCCUGCUUAGACUUGCCUGACAGCACCGAAGAGAAGGGGGCCCCUAUAGAAACCUUGGGUUAUCAUAAUGCAUCCAAUAGGAGGAUGUCGGGGGAGCCGAUACAGACCGUAGAGUCCGUCCGAGUUCCUGGGAAGGGAAAUAGAGGACAUGGGCGUGAGGCUUCUAGAGUGGGUUGGUUUGAUCUGAGCACCUCAGGCAGCUCCUUUGACAAUGGCCCCACCAGUGCCUCUGAGUUGGCAUCCCUUGGGGGUGGGGGCAGCGGAGGCCUCACUGGCUUCAAAGCGGCACCAUACAAGGAACGGGCACCCCCAUUUCAGGAAAGUGUCGGCAGCUUCCGUUCCAACAGUUUCAACUCAACAUUUGAGCAUCAUCUCCCCCCAUCCCCCUUGGAACAUGGGACACCCUUCCAGAGAGAGCCAGUAGGGCCAUCGCCUACCCCGCCUGCCCCUCCUAAGGAUCACGGUGGUAUCUUCUCUCGAGAGGCACCCACUCAUCUACCCACUGUGGAUCUUUCGAACCCCUUCGCGAAGGAGGCGGCCCUGGCCCAUGCUGCCCCACCCCCUCCUCCUGGAGAGCACAGCGGAGUUCCUUUUCCCACCCCACCCCCUCCUCCCCCCCCUGGGGAACAUAGCAGCAGUGGUGGGAGUGGUGUUCCCUUUCCUGCUCCGCCACCUCCUCCACCCCCUGUUGACCACUCUGGGGUCGUGCCCUUCCCAGCCCCACCACUGGCUGAGCAUGGAGUGGCGGGAGCUGUGGCAGUAUUUCCCAAGGACCAUAGUUCCCUUCUUCAAGGGACCCUGGCUGAGCAUUUUGGGGUUCUCCCAGGGCCCAGGGACCAUGGGGGCCCCACCCAACGGGACCUCAACGGCCCUGGCCUUAACCGUGUUCGAGAAAGCCUCAGCCUACCCUCCCAUUCUCUGGAGCACCUGGGCCCAGCCCAUGGAGGAGGAGGAGGAGGUGGGGGGGGCAGCAACAGCAGCAGUGGCCCCCAUCUGGGUCCCUCACACAGAGACGCCAUCAACCGGAGUGGUAUGAUUUUGCGGAACCCCCGGCCAGACUUUCGGCCUAGGGAACCUUUUCUCAGCAGAGACCCAUUCCACAGUCUAAAGAGACCCAGGCCACCUUUUGCUAGGGGCCCUCCGUUCUUUGCACCAAAACGCCCAUUCUUCCCUCCCAGGUACUGAUGGAAACCAAGGGAAAAGCAUUUUGAACAGUCUAGAGAGCAUUGGAAGUAGGAGUUUGGUUUAUUAUUGUUUUUAUUUGUUUUCCUUCCUUUGAUUUUUUUUUUAAUGACAAAGGGCCUCCCUUCCAAAUUAAAAAGUCAUACAUGCUUGCAUUUUACUAUCCAUCCAGUCUGCUCUCCCACUGCACUUACCCAGGCUACUUGUAUUUUACAGAGGGUGGGGGGCAAAGAAACACAACCAAAGCCACUUCAUUUGGCUGGGGGUUUGAGGGGUGGGGAGGAAAACAAAUCUUACCCAUUUUCUUGAAGAGUAUUACAUCUGAAAUAAAACUUCCCUCAGUACAGAGAAUAAUGUGCAAUGUUGGGAUGUUAUUUGGGCUUGGCUAUCAGGUAGUCGAUGGAAGGAUUUCUGUCCCCUUCUCUCUCCCGUUGAGUAACUACUGUGACAGCUUGGCUCCCUUUCCUGUAUGCUCUGUGCCCUGCUGACAAGCCGAGAGAUGUCGCAAGGGGAAAUAGGCGGGAGACCGUGGACCUUUCAAGUUUGUUUUGUUUUAUUUUUAAAGACCUAUUGAAGUUGGGUUCUUUACCUUUCUCCUUAAAUCUUUAAAAAAAAAAAAAAAACACCCUUUUCUAAAGGACUUUGAGGAGAUAUAGAUGUCAUUCUAUCCUAGUAAAAAUCAUUCCUCUUCAUCCUUGGAAUGAAAGGGGGCUAAACAUAAGCUCCAGGUUAGAAUAAGGUGUGAUUCCAAUGUAGAGUUAGAAAAAGGAACUGUUAAUGGUGCCCUGUGACCUGCCCAUAGCUCAUGAAUGAGAAUGGGAGACUUUUGUAGUUUGACGUGUCCUGCACCAAGCUCAUGCUUCCUGCUUUUCUUUCUUGAUUGACUUUUUCUCCCUCAGUUUUCAAAUCUGCUUUGGCCAGAAAGAAAAGUCACUACAGUUGAUAAUUGAUACAGACACAACUGAAAUCUUAUUCCUGAAUUUUUUAAUGUGAGAGGUAGACAUUUUACCAUGGCGCCUCCCAAAUGCAAGUGAUAACUUGAUGGUUUUCAGUAAAGGUGGAGUAGUAGAGAAAGGGAACUAUUGGCCUGUAUCUUUCUUUCCUCCUUGCCCUUGUCCUGUAUUUACCCCUGUUCUUGGUAUUUCCAAGGAAGAGGUUGAAUAGCAUCUUUCUAUACGUUAUACCUCUUUACAAGUGUAUUAGUGACAAGCAGGUAUACAUAUCUUUACAGAGAACCAGGAGGGCCCGAGAAGUCCAAAUUUACCCCAUUCUACAGCUAGCAGUCUGCCACAUUCCAAGGCUCAAGCCUUAUCCCCACCUUCCACUCCCUCCAGGAAAUAAUGUUUCUGCCCUGAAUCAUUUUACCUGAGAAUGAUGUACUCUCCUUCUCCCCAAACCGAAAGGCUUCUUUAUAUUUCCACAACUAGUCCUGGGGCAAAAAGACAAUCAGUACACUUUGAGUGUUUAUAACUUCAUAUCAAGGAACACUGAAAAGCAAACACUGCUUUACUAUUAUAUUAUUUAAUAUCUUACCCCAAGGUAUACACACUGGUAACAUCCAGCCAGAUGAGUAAAACAAUAUGUGUUCUUUUUUUAGGGGAUCCUAGCAAGUUUCAUAUUUUCUUCAAAGUGAGUAUAGAGCUGUAGGAAGCAUAGGGAUUGCUUCAGAUUCCUCUAGUGAAAUACUAAGGAUGGGGGAAAGUGGACAACAUAGUGACAGAAGAUGAUUCUUUGUGUCAGCAUAAACUUGCUUUUAAGAUCAAGAGCAGAUAACCAGGUGUGCGUCAUAGUUCGGGAGUUUUUGUGUAACUAACUCCAUGUUAUUUAUUAGGGCUCAUCAUGUGUUCUGUGGUUAGGGGCCUGCAAGUCCUUCAUCUCCCUGAUGCAUUUCUGGUCUUAAGUCAACUGUUCUGUCUUUGACCCUCUUGAGACUCUCUGCCCUGUAUCUGUCCCCCACAAAAAUGCAUGAUGCCAUGACUUUGUGUGUGGGAUGGGGUAUAUAGUGUAGCAAAGCAAAGAAACAGUAGUUGUGUUGAAUCCUGAGACGUUUGUUUAGGGAAAAGUGUGAGCAAGAGUAAGGGGAGGGAUGCGGGGUGGGGGAGUUCUAAUUGACUCAAAACAAAUAGAUAUAUUUUUUUUGGAGAAAUUAAGUGGGAUGUUUUUCAUUCUAGAAUAAAAGAAUGUGAAUUCUUUCUGCUGCUCUUGUUUAAGCUAAAGGUAGCAUUUACUUGAAAAGGCUCUCUGACCAUUUGAUUUUAUCCAGAAAAUGGGAUGUCAGGAAAGUGGCUUCCCAAAUGUUGGGGCAGGGUUAUUGUCCUCAAAAGCAUGAUGACUAAUACAUGAAAGGAAGACCUUGUUGUACAGUUUAAAAGAUGGACUUUGAAGGGUUGGGCUCUUUUGUGGGGUGUUUUGUUUUUUUAAGCUACAAAAUCUUCAUUGAGUUUGUUUCAUGAUGAAAGUGAGGAUUUGUAGUGACUGUCAGCUGUUAACUUUAAGGAAAUCUGUCUACAGCAGUAAAUGAAGACAACAAUGUAUAUAUGUGAUAUAGUGAAACAAAAAAGACAAUUCUGGUAUUCAUAACAUGAAACAAGGGGGUUUUAUUCUUUCUGUGUCUGUGAUUUAAAACUCCGUGCCCAUGCUCUGACUUUUGUAUUUCAACCUGAGUUUAAAAAUAUAAUAAACAAGAUUUUUUUUAAAGAAAGCAUAACAUAGUGUGUCUUGGCAAGGACAUGAUUUAUAUGGAAGCAGAAUAUACAAAGCUGUUACUACGGUCCUUGGUGCUCACUGUAAAAUCACAGACAGAGAAGGGGGGAUCGUGAAUACACUGGUACCGCUCAAAACUGAGUGAUAGUGUCAGAAAUAGAGUCCUGAGGGACUGAGAGUUUACUCUCCAGUCAGCUUAGGUGACAGCCCCUCUCCUGGUUUCCCUCUGCCCUCCCAAAAGGUGAGCGCAAAUGGAUUUUGGUUUGAUGCCAGGGAGGGUAAAAAGGCCAGAGAGUAGGACUUUUAUCCUUUCCGAUCCCAGGAGUACCAUGUUUGUGCUAUGUGGUACCGCUAACCUGUCUGGAUAAUGUGAAUGUGCGCAACUUCCUAACUGCGGAAUAUUCAUGAUCCACCCUGAAGUUACUGGGCCACGCAGAACUAAGCUUCAGCUGUCAAUUGUUUUGAAGCCGCUGUAAAAUACUGCUUUUCCCCUCUUUUUUCCUUCCCCCCUGCCCUUUUUCAAAUGGCCGGGGGUGCCUGUUAAGAUUAAAAUUAGAUAUGUUGAAUGAUAUUCUCACGUGUUCAGUGUGGAAAACAAAACCAGUACAUUCUUUAGAGGCAACAACAAUGAAAUCCUUUUGAAAUGUGUAUUAAUAUCAUUUAAUAAAAUAACUAGUUCUGAAGGUUUGACAUUUUUCUUUGAGAUUUCGGGCUUUGACCAAGGGCUCCUGGCUUCUGUGGUGAGCGCAAUUAGGAGAGAAAACUUCGGGAGCUGAAACUGCUGCUUUGUGGAGCAGACCCAUGUAUGGUUGGAAAAUCUGUUUUCUUCAGCAAAGACCCUACGUGACUGUCCGGGGCUGAAGGUGAAGCCGGCUACAGGAUGCAGGAAGAAGGCCUGGAUGUAUCUCUGAAGAUCUGAUUGUAUUGGCUUUUGGUAUAAGUGCAAGGGGGCCCGAGGGGACAGGGUGUGCGUCUGCACAUUUGAGGCACCCAGAUACCACAGACCCACCUGUCUUGUCCCUUCUUUGUGACCACUUGCACUUGCCUGUCUUCCAGCCAUUCUUUUUUUUUUUAAUCUCAUUGUCCCCAAUAUUAUGUUUUUGUUCUCCAGUUUAAUAAAGUAUGGUUUCCUUU